AUGCUGAAGCUGAAAAAUUCCUCGGAAAAUCUUCAAAUUAAGGUUGCAUCAUCGGAGAGCUUAGGCUCCGAGAUCGAAGUAAUCCACUCUAAUGGUGGAUUUGGUGCUAUCGUUUCAAAUGGUAAGAAAAGUGUCAUCGAUGUCGAGAAUGAAGGUGUCUACGUUGAAGACGAUCUUGUUCAAGAAGAAGAAGAGCUCCCUGCCGAUCUUGUUGGAAUUCCCAAGAUUGUUAGAGAUACCGUUCCACUUGAAGAUGACCCAAACACUCCAGUUGUUACUUUCCGUUUCGUGAUUUUGGCUAUUAUCUUUGUCAUACCUGGUGCAUUCAUUGACACAAUGAACUCGUAUCGUACUACAUCUGCUGCAUAUUCUAUUUUCUUCGUUCAAAUUGUUUCCCAUUGGUGUGGUAAGUUUUUAGCCAGAGUCUUGCCUGCUAAAGAAGUAAAAUUACCAGGUGGGUACAAAUUUAACUUAAACCCCGGUCCAUGGUCUAUUAAGGAAACCGCGUUAGUUACCAUCACUGCAAGCAGUGGUGCUACUGGUUCGUUGGGAACUAGUGGUCUUUCGUUAGCAGAAAUUUACUAUGGUCAAACUGUGAAUGCAGGAGUUGCCAUCUUCUUCAUGUGGUCCAUAACAUUCACAGGUUACGCAUUCGCAGCUUUGGCAAGAAACAUGCUCUUAUUUGACCCACAAUUCAUUUGGCCACAAGCGCUUAUGCAAACCAAUCUUUUACAAUCUCAAUCAAAGUCUGAUCAUGAUUCUAAGGUUGCCGGCAAGCAAAUGAAAGUAUUUUUUUCAGUUUUAAUUGGUUUGACUCUUUGGCAAUUCUUGCCUGAAUUUGUCUUCCCAUUUUUGUCUUCAUUAGCUUUCCUUUGUUGGGUUGCGCCGGAAAAUGCCACUGCAAACUUCGUUGGCUCUGGUAUAGGUGGUAUGGGAUUCUUAAAUUUGACUUUAGAUUGGUCAAAUAUUACUUCUUCUAUCAUGUUGUACCCUUAUUUCGUUCAGGUUAUCCAAUUUGUUGCCUUCGUUUUGGGUGCUUGGAUUUUGAUCCCAGCUGUGAAAUUUGGUAGCUUAUCUAGCUACAAAUUCGGAUUAAUGUCUAAUGGUUUGUUCUUGGCAAAUGGUACCACUUACCCAUCAGCUGCAUUGUUGACUUCUGAUUUCAAAUUAAAUGAAACUGCAUACGAACUAUACGGCCCUCCACAUAUCGGAGCCCAAAGAGCUUGGAAUAACUUUUUCGAUUAUGCAUCUUAUAUAAGUGGUAUUGUUUGGUUGGCAGUUUUUGGUCACAAGCAAUUGAUAGAUUCAUUUAAGAAAUUGAAGGAAACUUAUAAGAAUAAGUCAAAUACCGACGAAAAUGCUGGGGCUUCCAUCAAUCUGCAAUAUUCUGAUAGAAUCAACCAGAUGCAAACCAAAUAUGAACAGGUUCCACUUUGGUGGUAUUUUGUCCUCUUUGUAGGAACAUUCAUUACAUUAAUAACCAUUUUCGCUACUGGAAAUAUGUUCAUGCCAUGGUGGGCCUACCUUGUUGCGCUUGGAUUUGGACUUGUUAUUGUUACCCCAUUGUGUUGGUUAUAUGCCCUUACAAAUUUCCAAUUGGCAAUUGGUACAUUUAAUGAAUUGUUGUACGGUUACAUGGUCCAAAACAUUCCAAAUAGACAUCCAGCUGGAGCUUCUACUUAUGGUGCUAUUGCCGGGGAUAUUUUCUAUCGUGCCCAAUAUAUGUUACAAGAUCAAAAAAUUGGGCAUUACAUGCAAUUACCACCGAAGACUGUAUUCUGGUCACAAUUAUUUGGAGAAUUGAUGGGAGUUCCAAUUAAUUAUGCAGCAAUGAGAUGGAUUUUAAAUACCAAGAUGGAUUACUUGGAUGGAAGCAAGACCGAUCACUUGCAUCAAUGGACUGCGCAAAGUAUUGCAUCAUACCAUACCAAUGCCGUCCAAUAUGUUAUUUUGGGACCAAAGAGAACUUUUGCGCAAUAUCCAGUCUUACCUUAUGGUUUCCUUUUGGGGGUAGUUGUUCCAGUUGUAUUGGGGCUUUUGCAUAAGUACACUAAGAAAACUCGUUUCCACUUUUUCAGAUUCGAUUUGUGGAACACCACGGUCUUCUUCUCAUCCAUGUCUACAUUCUACGGUAACCUUUCCACUGGGUACCUUUCCCAAUUUAUUGGUGGAACUGUUACUAUGUUUUGGGCAUACCGUUACAAGCAUGACUUAUGGAGACGUUAUAAUUAUAUAUUAGCAGCUGCCUUGGAUACAGGUUACAACUUGUCAGUGUUGUUAAUUUUCAUAUUUUUCUCUGCUGGGACUACCGUGACUAUGCCUUACUGGUGGGGUAACAAUGCCGAUACUGUUGAACGUUGUUUCGCUUUGGAAUAA